AGUUUUCUCACGAGAUAUCAGGAGCAAUUUAAUAUGUGGCAGUGAGCCAGUAUGGAUACUCUGGCUUUGGUGACCUCUCUCCUGGGACUUUUCUGUCUUGGUCCAGUCAACGGAGGUUUAAGUGAUGAUUAUAUGAGCAGUGGAGAAGCGCCUUAUAUAAUAGAACAGCCCCUCGAUGUGACAGUUGCUAGACAUCAACCAGCAACUUUGAACUGUCGUGCUGGUGGUUCACCAGCACCAUCAAUAAGAUGGUACAAAGGCGGAGUUCUAGUUGUGUCUGAUACACAUAGGAGUCUACUACCAGCGGGUGGAUUGUUCUUCUUACGAGCGACCCAUGGUAGGGCCCAUUCAGACGCUGGCGUAUACUGGUGUGAAGCUACCAAUCCAUAUGGAACAGCUCGAAGUCGGAAUGCAACUUUGCAUGUUGCUGUGCUUCGCGAAGAAUUUCGUUUGGAGCCAGUGACAACUCAGACUGCUCAAGGAGAGACCGUGAUAUUAGAAUGUUCACCACCACGGGGCUCUCCGGAGCCAAUGGUUUAUUGGAAGAAGAAUGGUCAAAUUCUACACUUCGAUGGAGAUUCUAGAAUGCACUUGGUCGAUGGAGGUAGUCUCGUAAUACAAGACGCGAGGCAAACUGACGCUGGCAGAUAUCAGUGUAUUGCAAGGAAUGCAGCUGGCACUAGAGAAUCUGCGAUUGCUACGCUUAAAAUACAUAUAAAACCGUAUUUAAUUGCGGGGCCGGAGGACGUUGUAGCACAAACCAGUGGGAGUGUUACUUUUCAAUGUAGAGUGGGUGGUGACCCCCUCCCAGACGUACUAUGGAGAAGGACAGCCGGCGGUGGUAACAUGCCACUCGGCCGUGUCAAAGUCCUUGACGACAGAAGCCUUAGGCUCGACAAUGUUGUUUUAGCAGACGAGGGAGAAUAUACAUGUGAAGCUGAUAAUGCUGUUGGAGCAGUAAGUGCAAGCGGAUAUUUAACCGUCCAUGAUCCACCUUCAGUCAUAUUAAAACCGAGUUCAGUUAUAAUAGACAGUGGUUCGACCGCUACAUAUACUUGCAAGUCUACAGGAAAACCUGAGCCAACGAUGUUUUGGAGCUUGGAAGGAAACAGAACGGUUAUAUUACCAGGUACAUCACAAGGAAAAUAUCAUGCUUCGACAAUAUUAGACGGUGUAACUGAAUUAACAGUCAAUAAUACAAGUAAAAAUGAUAGUGGAAACACAAUCGUUUGCUCAGCAGUGAACUUUGCUGGUAGUUCGUUUGUUAGAGGGAAACUAACCGUGACGUCAGACGAUGACCGCCCGCCACCAAUCAUAACAAGUGGUCCCUCUAACCAAACGUUACCUAUAAAAUCGAUGGCCGUUUUCCCCUGUGCGGCUAUCGGCACACCUGAACCAAUUAUAGCGUGGUACUUUGAAGGGAAAGCUUUGAUACAAAAUCAUAGGAGAAAUAUCUCUCAUGAUGGAACGCUUAUUUUAAGAGAUUUAGACAAAGAAGACAGUGGUACUUACACCUGUGUUGCUUCAUCUCAGCACGGAAAGUAUGUUUGGAGCGGAGUUUUACUAGUUGAUAGUCCAACGAAUCCAAAUAUUCAUUUUUUUAGAGCUGCUGACACGUCAGCUUUACCAGGUCCUCCAACUAAACCACAAAUAUAUAAUAUAACAGAGACGAGCAUAACGAUAACAUGGAAUCAAAAUAAUAAAAUAGGAUCGUCUUCAAUUCUUGGCUAUCAAGUUGAAAUGUUUUCAAGGGAGACCCUUUUAGGAAAUAAUACUCCAAGGAACUCACGAGGAUGGGUUGUUGUUUCAAAGAGGGUUCAUCAAACACACUACAUAGUGAAAUCCUUAAUUCCCGGCAUAACGUAUAUGUUUAUUAUUAGAGCGGAAAACUCUCAUGGCUUAUCGGGACCGAGUCCAACAUCGGAAGCUGUAACAGUUGGCGAAGAUACAAAUAUUUUAUGGGAAGGCGGAAUAUAUUCAAAUAAUACAGAAUUUAAGAAGAAUAUCAUGACUGAUAAUAUUGUAGAACUUAUUGAAGCGACGCCCAUAGAUUCGAAAACAAUAAAACUUAUGUGGGAAAUAUUGAACUUCUUUUAUUUAGAGGGUCUUUUUAUAUAUUUUAGACCUCUGGACAAUAAAACAAUAGAAUAUGAGAUGAAAACUAUACUACAUUCAAAUGAUGUAUCAGGAUACGAACUAACAUCCUUAAGAAAAUAUAUGAAAUACGAGUUCUUCCUUGUUCCUUUUUAUAAGAGAUUUGAGGGAAAACCUUCGAAUUCCAAAAUUGCUCAGACCCUAGAUGAUGUUCCUGAUGGACCUCCAACAAAUAUUGAAAUGUUUAUUUACAAUACAACAACUGUACAUUUAAAAUGGCAACCCCCUGAACCUGAUUUGCAAAACGGAGUUAUUGUCGGAUACAAUGUCGUAUUGAAUUGGUUAGAUAUACCAGCCAACAAAUCAAUGAUCGCUAUAAACACGACUGUUCAUCAAGCUACCAGUUUGAUAAUGACUAAUUUAACUUCAGGCGUUAGUUACUCCGUACAGAUUGCAGCUGAAACUAUUGUCGGAUUAGGUCCGUUUAGCCAAAAAGUAUAUUUGAAUAUAGAUUCCCGCUCUGUCGGACUAGAUCCACUGUCAAGAUAUCCAACAAAUGGAGAAGUAUCAAUCGUUGCAGGAGAUUUUGUAAUGGAAACAUGGUUUUAUUUUUUAAUCGGAGCAAUUGUUUUAUUCAAAAUUGUUAUGAUCGGUGGAAUAAUUUAUAUAAGAAGACACAAUAUUUUUGCAAAGAAGUCUGCGCUUCCUAAUAUUUACGAUUCAAACGGAACAAGCUUGGUGACUCAAAUGAAUAUUAAAGCAGCAGUUUCUUUAUCGCAUCCGCUAAGCAGUUGUUACAAUAAAAACACAGUAACUAAAACAGAGUCACUUUUGUGGAUGGAAAAUCAACCAGGUUUGUGUAUGACCGGUAGCCAAUCAAAUCAUAGUAAAGAUAAGACUAACUCCGAAUAUGACAAAGUAACUCAUCAGUUGCCGGAAUAUGCCGAAGUAACAGCUUCAAGAGUUAAUGGCAAUGAAUGGAAUACAAGCAAGACCGCGACUUCUCCUGCUGCCUACGCUUCAGUUACGCUCGUCGCGAAUACCAGACAAUGCGUCAGUUCCUUGGGAUGGUUUCCUCCAGGAACCAAAAAUGUUGAUAAUUUUGACAAUCGCUAUGCACCAGAUGAGGAACUAUAUCCAGCCAGUAACGGUGGUUAUUACAAUAGGAACGUAUACAGUGAGAAAUAUUUUCAAGGUCAUCCAAAUGUUCUUAAAUUUUAUGAUUUACCAUCAUUAGAUAAAACACAAAAAGCUCAAAUUAGAUAUAACCAGAGCUUAGAGGAAAGAAAAGGAGAUAAGAAUAUCAAAACCGACGUAACGCAAUCGCUUAUUGGUCGAAGUUAUGGUGUGAGUUCUCGAAAAAAUUCUCAAUCAGAAACGACAUAUAGAGCGUUUGGCGAAGAAGAAUCAGAUGAUGAAAAUUACGGUGACGACGGAGGCUAUGACGAAUUGCAAGCUAUGCAACCACAACGCCAAAGACCCAAGCACCAAUACGAGAGGCCUAACUUUGACAACGAUGCUACAAGAACUUUAGCUCGCUUGACUUCUUUUAAGCAUGGACAAAAUGUUCUAAGCGGAACGCAAGGACUUCAUGCACCUGUACCCCCUCCGCCCGCUCCUCACCCACGGGUUGAUUCAGUGACACGGUAGUAUCACGCCUUGCCGGUUUUCGGCGAUUUGUGCCAAACGGACGUAUAGACUUAUGUAGUGCACUUUUCACAGUGACGUUGUUACAGUAAUGUAACUGUUCUUCCGCACCUUGCUAAGUGUAAAAUUAAUAAAUAAGGACUUUUUUUAUGAUCCACAUAUUUAAUGCUUCAUGGCAACCUUGGAUUAAUCGUAAAGACUGUGACUUUCUCUUUAAUUUGAGCCUAAUAUGUUAGUUCAAUAUUUCUAAGAUAUUUUAGUAACACUAAAACUUUAUUGCGUAUAAUAAAUAUUUAUUACGUUAUUUGAAAAUUGUAGCUAGUCUUUUGUAAUGUUAAAAAAUGUAAAUACUGUACAGAACUGUAAUAAGUAUAUUAAAAAUAUAAUCAUAAUUAUGAAUUGCUAAGAAAUGUUUAUCGUGUUAUUGAUUCGAUUAAUAAGCCAAUUUAUAUAGUCCGUCGAAUAUCAAUAAACGAAUUUGUGAAUUAAUUAUAUCAUUAGCUUAAGUCUUCAAGUAGUAACUGAUUGAGUAAACGCUUGGCAAUAAAUUUAGUGACAUUGAAAAACCAAGUAGUGUAAAUAAUGUAGAUAAAAGUUCAAGUAGCAUUUUCUUGAUUAGAAAUCUGUGAAACCGAUGUAGAUAUUUUAAUUAAAACAUUUCAUUUCCAGUUAACGACUAGUUAUGUAAAGCAGAACAAUAAACUUUUGACUGUAUAAUAAUUAAACACGCUAAAGUAUUUCAUUGUGCCUAAGUAAA